CCGGAACAUGGCGGCGGCGUGAGGCGGGCAAGGGCAGGAGCGGGUUGACAGGCGCGCGAGCCGCCGCGGACCCUCUUCCCGCCCGCUCGGAAACUGUUGUUCUGAAAGGAAGAAUUAACUGGUCUUUCAACUUCAGCCUUUUUAUUGUGAGAGGGGAGAUCACAGAGUGUUACCAUGGGGAGAACAACAGCUAAAGAUUCAAAGAAUAUUAAAAAAGAGAAAGAUGGAAAGAAUCAGCAGGCAAACAACCCGUCUUUAAAAAGUGGAAGAAGAAAGAGCCUCUUGAUGUUGGAUGAAGAAAGAUGCCUUACAAUGCUCUGGGCUAGCAUCCAGGAAAUCCUAGAGUUAUCAGGGGGAUGUGUGAUAAGAAAAUCUGAAAAGGAUCAGAGAUACAGAGAUGUAAGAAGAGAACAGUUUAAUUGGGAUGAUUAUCUGAAAGAGACUGAAUCAGUAGCUGCCCCUCUGCAUUGUUUCAGACAGUCUAGAAUUCCACCUACAAACGAUUUCAAAGUUGGGAUGAAACUGGAAGCCCGUGAUCCUCGCAAUGUUACCUCGGUUUGUAUAGCUACAGUAAUUGGAAUCACUGGUGCCAGGCUGAGGUUGCGACUGGAUGGAAGCGACAACAAAAAUGAUUUUUGGAGGCUUGUGGAUUCCUCAGACAUACAGCCCAUCGGAACCUGCGAAAAGAAAGGGGGCAUGCUCCAGCCUCCGCUUGGGUUCCAGAUGAAUGCAUCUUCUUGGCCAAUGUUUCUCUUAAGAACUCUCAAUGGAGCUGAAAUGGCACCCGCAGCAUUCUUUAAGAAGGAACCACCAAAACCUGUGCCAAACUGCUUUAAAGUUGGAAUGAAACUUGAAGCUAUAGAUAGAAAGAACCCAUACUUGAUUUGCCCAGCAACCAUUGGAGAUGUUAAAGGAGAUGAAGUUUUUGUUACAUUUGAUGGCUGGAGAGGAGCAUUUGACUAUUGGUGCAGAUGUGAUUCUCGAGAUAUUUUCCCAGUCGGAUGGUGUAGCUUGACAGGAGAUGCAUUACAACCACCAGGGAACAAUGUUUCCAUUACAAAGAGCAGUGCAAAAAUCCAAUCUUCCCCUUCCAAAGUGACCCGGCGUUCAAUGCAGUCUCCACAGAAAUCUGCUCCGGUACCAGCGCAACGGGGCAGGAAACCAGGUCGGGGCAAACCCCCUGGACAGUCUGCAGUUCCCAAGAAGGGCAGGUCUCCUAAAAAUAUUCCCCUGACAAAAAGCAUCUCUCAUACUGAAAAUCUUAAAACAAGGAAAAAAAGUUUAAAACCUGGAAAAAAGAAAAAAAUCUUGCCAGAACAACUGCCUCCUGCAUCUCCUUCUCCUCAUUCUUCUCCUGAGAGGGACAGUGGCACUACACAGAUACUUAAAGAUGGAGUUAGUUUGUCUGGUGCAACUGCAGCAGUUAUAUCCACAGUGUGUGUUUAUGUCAACAAGCAUGGAAAUUCUGGGCCUCACCUGGAUAAGAAGAAGGUUCAGCAGCUUCCAGAUCACUUUGGACCAGGCCCUGUCAACGUGGUGCUUCAGCAGGCUGUACAGGCUUGCGUGGAUUGUGCCUAUCAAUCCAAAACAGUCUUUGGAUUUCUGAAAUCUGGCCAUCAUGGAGGGGAAAUGAUAACUGCUUCCUUUGAUGGGGAAAAGCAUGCCAUCAAUCUUCCUCCUGUAAACAGUGCAUCGUUUGUCCUACGCUUCUUGGAGAAACUCUGCCACAGCCUGCAGUGUGAUAAUCUCUUUAGUAGCCAGCCUUUCAGCCCUUACAUGGGAUGUGCACAUAGUCCUAUGGAAUAUGAUAGGAACAAACCAGCAAAAGAAGAAAUACCUGAAAACAGGAGUGCUAAACGAUACUCUCAGGACUCUCCACCGUAUACUGCUCCUCUCUCCCCUAAGCUUCCCAGAAAUGAUGCUCAUCCAUCUGAAGCAGAAACAUUGCCUAUAGAGGAAAACAGCACUUCCAAAGAACACCGAUUUUCUGAGGACUCUCUGGAUUCUGCACUUAAUUCUGUAAAUCCUUCAAGCCCGACCUGUCAAAAUUCCACAGAAUAUCGUGCUUCAGGGAGUGCAGCAUAUUACAGAAAUUCCCAUCAGUCAGUGACUGCUACCUCAAAUUCAGCCCCAAUCCUGCGCAGGCUGUCCUUGAGCUCUGCUGGGAGCAGCGGUUACUAUGAAGUUAGUAGGAAUCGAAUACAGAGGCAGAUUGAAGCUGCAAGUUCCACAACUGGACCGGAUUUGAAUUCACUAAAAAGGGAACCUUCAAGAAUAUUGAAUAAAGAUCCUUCCACCUGGUCAAUAGAAGAAGUAAUGCGUUUUGUGAAAGAAGCUGAUCCACAGGCACUAGCUCCACAUGCAGAACUCUUUAGGAGACAUGAAAUUGAUGGGAAGGCAUUACUCUUACUGAGGAGUGAUAUGAUAAUGAAAUAUAUGGGACUGAAGCUGGGGCCUGCCCUAAAGUUGUGCUACCACAUUGAAAGACUUAAACAAGGAAAGUACUAGCCUGUGGGGAUGCACCACAAAUACAUGUGUUCGUUUCGCACUAAGCUCUCAGGUUCACAGCCAUCGCCUUUAUUUGGAACAAUUUUGCUGAUAUAAAUCAUCUUUAUUUUUUGAAAGUACUCUCACAAUGUAAAAAAGACAUUCAGGAUAAAGGGGGGAGGAAUAUAAUCUGUAUUACACUCUAGUAUUUUGUGAACUAUUUCCGAAGGUUUGCACGGAAGGGCAGUUGAUCAUACUGGGGGCAGGCAGGUCAGGUAACAGUGCUCUUCCAAUCCUGUGUUCUCUGUUACAGCCAAUGUGUUCGUAUUCAGAACCAAAACAGCUGAAUCCCAAAGGAAAAUAAUAAAACAAACCAGCAUCAGGUGUUAACAAUUUUUAUGGGGGUGGCUGUAAACUUUUAUUUUGCAGGAAAAAUUUAAAACAGAAGAUCUCGUCUCCAUAGUGAAUACUGUGUCUGGUCCUCCAGCAGUGUAAGAC